AGGGUCGGAGUCAUAGGAAAGUGCUCUUGUCGGUGGAAAUUGAAGGCUUAAGUUUGAAGGAUUGUAGUGCAAUAAAAUGAAAAUUGUUACAUGAGAACACCGAAGAGCUUACAUUUGCUAUAUUUUGCAUUUGACUAAAAUUUUCAGUAUGAUAGUAAUAUUGUCAAGCUGUUACCUAUUACUCUAUCCUCGGAAUUAUUCUAUGUGAUGAUGAGAUUGCAUUUACUACACAUGUACUAAAAAUAAGAUGAACUGCAAAUCGUAACCGCCCCGGAAGUUGCAUUAGCCAAUAAGCAGCAACGUAACAAACGUAUAUUUGCCUCCAGCUAGCGGACACCCCCUUUAUAAUAAUCACUUAAAACCACUGUUAUUGUAUAGAAUAAAAUGAAAGAUUUAGAUAGGAGGUUUGCCCUUUGAUUGCAUGUCUCUCAUAUCAUUAUGAUAAAGGAAUAACAAGAAUAACGUGGUUUUAGACAGAUAGAAACGUGAUUGGAACGGGUUUCAUCGGCGCUCUCUGCGUAGCAUAGGUUUGAAUGUAAAUCUUCACAUCCUAUUUUCGUUUUUAGGAGAUUAAGAUUAAGAUGCAAGCGUGAAAUAUGAACACAAAACACACAGUCUUGAAGAAAGCAGGUGACUUCAUUUGCUGGCUGCCUGAGAAAGGGUUUUACUCCUUAGUCCUCAGUCUUCAAGAUUAUAAGCCUUUCAACAAGCUUUCAAGAACUGUCCACUUUCACGUGUUCCAGGAUAUUCAGAAGUUGAGGAGGUUCUCUCCAAGGAAAAAUCACAUUUCGGUUCAUUCCCAUUUGGGCUCUCGUUACCCUUCAUGCGAGGUGGUCUGGUUUGGAGCCCAUAACCCACACGAGGAGACCAGCGUCUAUGGGAAUGCAAGUUUUAUACUUGACAUGAGGGAGUUUAUGCAAGAACAUGUGAGGAAGUGCAAUAUUUAUUUUGUGGAGGUGUUAGACUUUAAGAGUGGCAACACAUCCCGAAUUCUGAUAACGCACAAGAAGUAUGACCUUCCUCACUAUGAUCCUCUGCAAUAUGGAGGUCCAUGGUAUAUUGAUCCAAGUGGUAAACAUUAUUACCUGCAGAAUGCACGGAGAUACAAUGGAUUAAGUAACAGAUGUGGACACAAGUUGGAGUUCAUGUUAGAGUUAACUGAAGAAGAGGCUGAGCGCUUAUUUCACAGAGCUGUGCCCCAGCCAGUUGGUCAUCAGGAGGCAAAUUCUGGCAAACCAUACUGUUGUAAAGAUCACGGGCCAAGCAAGUCAUGUCCAUCACCUUGGAGUAAAAAAGAAGCUCAAGAAAGAAUAAACAAAGAACUUGAGACUCGAACAGGAAAUGCAAAUAGAAGCCUGAAAUUUUAGAUAAUAGAAAUAGCUGGAUGUCAACAUGGUUGACAUAGAGAUAGUUUCUGUGAAAGCAGACAAAAAAUGACGCUUUAUUUUUUCUUGCUUUCUUUAUCUUUUUAAUGCUAUAUGACAAUUGAAUAUCUUUCUUGAGGCUAAAGUUAUGAAUGCUUUUAGCUUGAACUGAUGUAAUUUUUAAGACUGCUUUUUAUAUUAAUGUAAUAUUUAAUCCUGAGAUCAAAUUCUCUUUUAUCUUGCAAAAGGAAAAUUGAAAAAAACUUUUAUAAUAAUUGACUACAUAUAUUUAUAUUUUUAAUAAUAAUUGACUACAUAUACUUAUAUCUUUAAUGAUAAUUGACAACAUAGAUAUAUCCUUAAUUAGGCUAUGUAAAUUAUUUAGUGUUGUAAAUUCAACUCUGCUAGUUUUGUUUAAUUGCUAAUCAUGUGAUACGUGUGAUACAUAAAUAAAGAUAUGAUGAAUAAGUAAGCAAAAGAAAAAGAAAGAAAAAAUUUGUGUGUG